CUGAGAUGCGUCCUGGGUGUCACCCCACGCGGAGGCUGGACUGCCAAGGCGGAAAAAAGGCGCCCUCUCUCCGCCGCCGCCCCCGGGCCGGGCUGUAAUCUGCAGAGGAAUUCCCGCCUGGCCCUCGGGGCUUGACAGUUAAUGAUUUGCCGCCGAAGGAGCCGGCGGGGGCAGCCGGAGGGCCGGGCGAGCGGGAGCGCGGGCGCCGGGGCCGAGCCGCGCUGAGCCCCGCCGGCCUCCCAGGCGCCGCCUCCCGUCUUCCGCCCGGGCACCUCGGGGGGUUCCGGGCGCGUCGGAGGGGUUCCGGGCGCGGAGACCGCGGGCGCCCCGAUGGAGGCAGCCCCGCCGGCGGGGCCCGGCGCCCCGCAGCCGCAGCCGCAGCCGCAGGCGCAGGGCCCCGCGGACCCCGUCGCCGGUCUGCUGCCCAGGCUGCGGGGCAAACUCUUCACCUGGAAUAUUUUGAAAACAAUUGCCCUGGGUCAGAUAUUGUCCUUGUGUAUAUGUGGAACAGCCAUCACCAGCCAGUAUUUGGCAGAAAAAUACAAAGUGAACACCCCCAUGCUUCAGAGCUUUAUCAACUAUUGCUUGCUGUUUCUAGUUUAUACAGUGAUGCUGGCAUUUCAAUCAGGCCCCACUAGCCUUUUACACAUCUUGAAAAGAAAAUGGUGGAAGUACAUCCUGCUGGGACUAGCAGACGUGGAGGCGAAUUACCUGAUUGUCAGAGCGUACCAGUACACGACUCUCACCAGCGUCCAGCUUUUGGAUUGCUUUGGAAUUCCUGUGUUGAUGGCUCUCUCCUGGUUCAUUCUUUAUGCAAGAUACAGAGUGAUCCAUUUUGUUGCCGUGGCUGUCUGUCUGCUGGGCGUUGGAACUAUGGUUGGUGCAGACAUAUUAUCAGGGAGGGAAGACAAUUCAGGCAGUGAUGUACUGAUUGGUGACAUCUUGGUUCUUGUUGGGGCUUCCCUCUAUGCCAUUUCUAAUGUGUGUGAAGAGUACAUUGUGAAGAAGCUGAGCAGACAGGAGUUCUUAGGAAUGCUGGGCUUAUUUGGAACAAUCAUCAGUGGCAUACAGCUAUUGCUUGUGGAAUAUAAGGAUAUUGCCAGAAUUCAUUGGGACUGGAAAAUUGCCCUGCUGUUCGUGGCAUUUGCCCUCUGUAUGUUCUGUCUGUACAGCUUCAUGCCACUGGUGAUUAAAGUUACCAGUGCCACCUCAGUGAACCUGGGCAUCCUGACAGCUGAUCUCUACAGCCUUUUCUUUGGACUCUUUCUCUUUGGCUAUAAGUUUUCGGGGCUCUACAUCCUGUCCUUCACCGUCAUCAUGGUGGGCUUCGUCCUCUACUGCUCCACCCCGACGCGCACGGCGGAGCCGGCGGAGAGCAGCGUGCCCGCCGCCCCCAGCACUGGCAUCGACAACCUGGGCCUGAAGCUGGAGGAGAGCCUCCCGGAGACCGCCUCCGCCUUCCUGUAGCUGGAGAAGAAGGGGCGCCGCCCGCCUGGGGCCUCCUGGCAAACGGGGAGCGGCCGCUGGGACAAAGCAGAGCCUGCGGGCUGCUGGGUGCAAACCUGGGAAGUUCAUCCGGCUGAGAGCCAACGCUCGUAGCAUCAUCGGAUGGCCCCACCGGUUAGAUUUUACCAGGGGGUGGCUCACAAGCAGAAACAGCAGGAGGCAGCAGAAGCCGAGGCGAGGAGGACCAAUGCUGUCAGUGCCGGGAGGCAGGGCGCGGGCCCCACUCCGGGGUCCGGGAGGCGCGGGUGGGCGGGCAGGAUGGGUACCUGCCCCUCCUCACCACCGCUGACCCAGCCUCCGAACAGGUGGGCUGUCUGGGCGGGGCUGCUGGUCAGGAGCAGGGGGGUCCCCAGGGCAGGUUUAGGGGAGGUUUCCUCUGCUGGGGGCCCCUCGGGUUUGUCCUGAGGCGGCCACUGCCCACAGGCCGCAGCUGGGGUCUGGGGACAGGGCUCACGGCAGGAACGUGGGCGGGAGUGUGAGCGCCACCGAAGCUUGGAAGCGGAGUGCCUGCCGCAGACCCAGGCACCCACUCUUCCUGGCUAAAGAGGGUGCUUUACAACUUCUUACAACUGCUUACGCCCCGUGAGGUUUUUAGGAAACUUCUUCAAUGAAAGGGCUCAUAGGCAGCAUCAUCAUGAUACCGACGACCAGUGUGCAACUUUACAAAAACUGCAUGUAAGCUUUUUUUGGGGGGGGAUAAAACUAUAAUAAAAGAAAUUGAGAGUAAGUGUUCACAUUAUUAAAAAAAUUUCUGA